GUGGGGGGGCAGGUCUGCAUUGCCGCUGCCCCGGGUACCCGAGCAGUCGCUGCUGCUGCCGCCGCCGCCAUCCCCGCGCACUGCCGGCCGGGACCCCUGCCCUCACCCGGGAUUCCCUAACCCGGGGGACCCAGCCCAGAUCUCCAGAGGUGCCUGGGAGAAGUAGGCGGCUUUUCCUGAGUUAUCCUGGCUCCCCAGCUUAGCACCCUCAAGCUGGCUUCCCCUCUCCUUCUCACUCCCCUCCUUCCCCUCUCCCUCCCUUAUGCACCCAACUGAACUGGGUGUGGGCCACACCUCUCCCCCCUCUUUUCUUCUAGACACUCACUGGCCAGGUCCUACUCUGUGCCACACGUAAUCAAAGUAACAGGGAGAAGGGUUUUUCUGACGCCACAUUCUUGGGCAAAAGCUGAGUCAGGAGCAGGGAGUGGGGAGACCUGUCAUGGAAGAGGGCUUCAGAGACCGGGCAGCUUUCAUUCGUGGGGCCAAAGACAUUGCCAAGGAAGUCAAGAAGCAUGCGGCCAAGAAGGUGGUGAAGGGCCUGGACAGGGUCCAGGACGAAUAUUCCCGCAGAUCCUACUCCCGCUUUGAGGAGGAGGAUGAUGACGAUGACCUCCCGGCUCCAGCUGAUGGCUAUUACCGCGGGGAAGGGGCCCAGGAGGAGGAGGAAGGUGGCGUCUCCAGUGACGCCACAGAGGGCCACGAUGAGGAUGAUGAGAUCUAUGAGGGGGAGUAUCAGGGCAUCCCCCGGGCAGAGUCUGGGGGCAAAGGCGAGCAGCUGGCAGAUGGAGCACCCCUGGCUGGAGUGAGGGGGGGCUUGAGUGACGGGGAGGGCCCGCUUGGGGGCCGGGGGGAGGCCCAGCGGCGGAAAGACCGGGAGGAACUGGCCCAGCAGUAUGAAACCAUCCUCCGGGAGUGUGGCCAUGGCCGCUUCCAGUGGACACUCUACUUCGUGCUUGGCCUGGCGUUGAUGGCUGACGGUGUUGAGGUCUUUGUGGUGGGCUUCGUGCUGCCCAGCGCUGAGAAAGACAUGUGCCUGUCUGACUCCAACAAAGGCAUGCUGGGCCUCAUCGUCUACCUGGGCAUGAUGGUGGGAGCCUUCCUCUGGGGCGGCCUGGCUGAUCGGCUGGGUCGGAGACAGUGUCUGCUCAUCUCUCUCUCAGUCAACAGCGUCUUCGCCUUUUUCUCAUCCUUUGUUCAGGGUUAUGGCACUUUCCUCUUCUGCCGUCUCCUUUCUGGGGUUGGGAUUGGAGGGUCCAUCCCCAUUGUCUUCUCCUAUUUCUCGGAGUUUCUGGCCCAGGAGAAACGUGGGGAGCACUUGAGCUGGCUCUGCAUGUUUUGGAUGAUCGGUGGAGUAUACGCCGCUGCCAUGGCCUGGGCCAUCAUCCCCCACUAUGGGUGGAGCUUCCAGAUGGGGUCUGCGUACCAGUUCCACAGCUGGAGGGUCUUUGUCCUGGUCUGCGCCUUCCCUUCUGUGUUUGCCAUCGGGGCUCUGACCACACAGCCCGAGAGUCCCCGCUUCUUCCUGGAGAAUGGGAAGCAUGAUGAGGCCUGGAUGGUGCUGAAGCAAGUCCACGACACCAACAUGCGAGCUAAGGGACAUCCCGAGCGAGUCUUCUCAGUAACCCACAUUAAGACGAUUCAUCAGGAGGAUGAGUUGAUUGAAAUCCAGUCAGACACAGGGACCUGGUACCAGCGCUGGGGGGUCCGGGCAUCGAACCUGGGGGGGCAGGUUUGGGGGAAUUUCCUCUCCUGUUUUGGUCCAGAAUAUCGACGCAUCACUCUGAUGAUGAUGGGUGUGUGGUUCACCAUGUCCUUCAGUUACUAUGGCCUGACUGUCUGGUUUCCCGACAUGAUCCGCCAUCUCCAGGCGGUGGAAUACGCAGCCCGCACCAAAGUGUUCCCUGGGGAGCGGGUAGAGCACGUGACCUUUAACUUCACCCUGGAGAACCAGAUCCACCGAGGGGGACAGUACUUCAAUGACAAGUUCAUUGGGCUGCGUCUGAAGUCAGUGACCUUUGAGGACUCCCUGUUUGAGGAGUGUUAUUUCGAGGACGUCACAUCCAGCAACACAUUCUUCCGCAACUGCACGUUCAUCAACACCGUGUUCUAUAACACUGACCUGUUUGAGUACAAGUUCGUGAACAGCCACCUGGUGAACAGCACGUUUCUGCACAACAAGGAGGGCUGCCAGUUAGACGUGACAGGGACGGGCGAAGGUGCCUACAUGGUGUACUUCGUCAGCUUCCUGGGGACUCUGGCUGUGCUUCCGGGGAAUAUUGUGUCUGCCCUGCUCAUGGACAAGAUCGGCAGGCUGCGGAUGCUUGCCGGCUCCAGUGUGAUGUCCUGCAUCUCCUGCUUCUUCCUGUCUUUUGGGAACAGCGAGUCAGCGAUGAUCGCUCUGCUCUGCCUUUUUGGGGGGGUCAGCAUCGCAUCCUGGAACGCGCUGGACGUGUUGACUGUUGAACUCUACCCCUCGGACAAGAGGACCACAGCCUUUGGCUUCCUGAACGCCCUGUGUAAGCUGGCCGCGGUGCUGGGGAUCAGCAUCUUCACGUCCUUUGUGGGAAUCACCAAGGCCGCCCCCAUCCUCUUCGCCUCUGCUGCCCUUGCCCUUGGUAGCUCUCUGGCCCUGAAGCUGCCCGAGACCCGGGGGCAGGUGCUGCAGUGAGGGGCGCUCUGGGACUUUGGGGGUGGCAGGCACACUGUGAGACCAACUCCUUCCCUUCCCCGGCCCUGCCAUCCUGGUCCCGAGCCCUCACUCGCCAUGCCCAUGUGUGGUGUCAGCCUUGUGUGUGUGUGCGUGUGCAUGUGUGUGACCCCGGGGGCAAACACUACAGGGAAGGCUCCUUCAUCCCCGUUCUGGGAUGCAGCUCCACUCCCCACCUCCUAUCACCCUUGACUUUGCACAAGAGAAGGCUUGGCCCCUCUCUUCCCCCCAGGGUUAGUGAGGGGGAGGGGGUCUUCGCUCUUCUUAGCUCCAGGGUCUCCAGAACAGGCUUCUUGCCUUCCCCCUCAUUCCCUCUGCCUUUGCCCUGAUGAAGUCAUGGACGUGUUGUUAUGCUGGGGGCUGCGGCUUGGUGUAGACCACGGACCAGAAGAACCUAAUCGGAAGAGUCAGAAGGGCCUGGAGUGCUCUCUCAUGCCUCCUGUUGGAUGCCGGGGGAGUAGCAAUAAACCUCAGACCCCUAGCCUCCACUUCCCCCUCAACAUAGGCUGUAAGAACGAACCUGGAUUUUAUGAAAUCAGCUGAUUCUUAUUUAUAUAUUACGUUCUGAAGCAGCUCAGCAGGACUCUGUGUGUGUGUGUGUGUGUGUGUGUGUGUGUGUGUGUGUGUGUCUGCGCGUGUACACUCUGUGUAUGUGCCAUGGGGUGGGGUGUCACUAUACUGUCCUACAAUACAAGCCAAGAGUAAUUUCAGCAGACACACACAACCCUGCCUUCCUUAGUAUCUCCCCUUGUCCUGUUUCUGGGCCGGCCUGGGAGGGAGGGGCCCCAGGCCAGGCUGGGUGAGUACGGUCCAGGGAGAUGAGGGUACCUUCCUUCCUCAAGAAGCAUAGGCCGCCUCUGGAGAGGCUCCACUCACGAUAGCACAGAUUGUUACAGCACACAGCUCCCCACACCCCACAACCUGUCCCCUCAGUCGGGGAUCAGGGGAGGGAAAGAAAGCUGGCAUAAGGUCAAACCAGCAGAUCAAAAAGCACAAAGAGCUGGGGCAGGGGCAGGAAGCAGGGGCCUGCCCAGCCACUCCUCUCAAGUGGAAAGAGGUUGGGUGGUAAGCCAGGGACCCCCUCAUGCAGGGACCAGAGCCUCAGUUUCCCCAUCUCAGCCCUUCCACACAAUAGCCCCUGUAGGUUAAGCUGCCCCUGCCCCACCCCACGUUGUGUGGCUGCUUUUUUUGGUGCCCCCCUCCCCACCAGUGUAGCUGUGAUGUGUUGUAGUUUUUAGCUGUUUGUAAAAUGUUAAGUUAAAAAGAAAAAAGUGAAAACAAAAAGAAAAUCCAAACUCAUCCUCCUCAGGCUGCAUCUGGUGCCCCCACCUCUAUGGCCGCCCCCACCUCAAUGCCCCCCUCCCCAUUUUGUACCCCUGAACGAGGUGGCGACUGUUUAACUCUGUGCUCAAAGGACUGCCUUCUCCAGUGCCCCGUGUACGAGUGUGUGCCCUUCUUCCGCCCUUCACUUGCUGGAUGCAGCCCUCUCUCCUGCACCCCCGGGAGGGACCCAUCCAUUUCCCUUGUUCUCCUGGGGAACCCUAAACCCAACUCUAUUGAUGUGAAAAAUGAGAUGAAAAAAUAUCGAUGAAAAAUAAAAACCACCAAUCCUUAAAAUCCAAAA